AAAAAAUCCAAGAAAUCUUCAGAGACAUUGACGUUUAAGAGGCCAGAAGGAAUGCACCGGGAAGUUUAUGCACUCCUCUACUCUGACAAAAAGGAUGCACCUCCACUGCUGCCAAGCGAUACAACUCAGGGUUAUCGAACAGUCAAAGCGAAACUGGGGUCCAAGAAAGUCCGGCCUUGGAAGUGGAUGCCUUUCACCAACCCAGCGAGAAAAGACGGAGCAAUGUUCUACCAUUGGAGGAGAGCAGCAGAGGAGGGGAAGGACUACCCUUUUGCCAGGUUCAAUAAAACAGUGCAGGUACCUGUCUACUCGGAGCAGGAGUACCAGAUGUAUCUCCAUGAUGAUGCAUGGACCAAAGCUGAGACAGACCACCUCUUUGACCUGGCUCGGCGUUUUGAUCUGCGCUUUGUGGUGAUUCACGACCGCUACGAUCACCAGCAGUUCAAGAAAAGAUCCGUGGAGGACCUGAAGGAACGGUAUUAUCACAUCUGUGCCAAGCUGGCUAAUAUUCGUGCAGCGCCAGGCACAGACCUGAAAAUCCCAGUCUUUGAUGCUGGCCACGAGAGGCGAAGGAAGGAGCAACUGGAAAGGCUGUACAAUAGGACACCAGAGCAGGUGGCAGAAGAAGAAUACCUCAUCCAGGAGCUCCGCAAAAUCGAGACCAGGAAGAAAGAGAGAGAAAAGAGAACCCAAGACCUGCAGAAACUCAUCACAGCUGCUGACACCACCACUGAGCAGAGACGCGCCGAGCGCAAGGCUCCCAAGAAGAAGCUGCCGCAGAAAAAGGAGACGGAGAAGCCUGCUGUUCCUGAGACUGCUGGCAUCAAGUUUCCUGACUUCAAAUCUGCAGGUGUCACGCUGCGAAGCCAGAGG